AUGUCUGCUGGAAAAUACGUCCAAGCCUUGGACGACUGCAAAGAAGCUGAUGAGCUGGACCCGAACAAUGCCAAAAUCUUGCACAGAAUGGCCCGUAUUUACACCUCUCUGGGACGACCUAAAGAAGCGCUCGAAACCUAUGACCGUAUCGAUCCUCCUGCAUCGCAANAAGACCGCCAACCCGCUGUUACCAUGAACCACCAUCUCUCCGAGGCUGAAGAACAGAUCCGCAAUUCUACCUCUGGCUCCAUGGCUAUUUUCGCCCUCGACCAAGCCGAGAAGGGCCUUGGAUCUACCGUCACAAGACCACGAAAGUGGGCUCUGCUCAGGGGAGAGGCAUACCUGAAGAUGGGCAAUGUGAACGCCCUGGGAGAUGCACAAAACAUUGCCAUGUCCUUGUUGCGCAACAACAGCGCCGACCCCGAGGCCCUGGUACUCAGAGGUCGCGCUCUUUAUGCACAGGGUGAGAACGACAAGGCUCUGCAACAUUUCAGACAGGCCAUUAGCUGUGACCCUGACUUCAAGGAUGCCGUCAAAUAUUUGCGUAUGGUGCAAAAGCUUGAUCGCACAAAGGAAGAAGGAAACAACUACUUCAAGUCUGGAAAGUACGAACAGGCUGUUGAGACUUACACCUCUGCUCUUGAGAUUGAUCCGCAAAACCGUGGCACAAACUCCAAGAUUUUGCAAAACCGAGCGCUCUGCUACACUAAAGUACGUUGA